UGAGUCGCUGGCAAAGACCGUCUCACUGCUCAAAACAUUGAAAGGACACUCGUGCACAAGGUUAAGCAGCAUGAAUAUUAAAGGCUUUGCCAUUGCUAAUGUUGCUAAUGUCAACUAUCCGGGUAUAUAUAAUUGCACCUACCAUUCAAUGCCCGGAUGCACACAUGCGGUGCUGUUGAAACAGACGGAUCAAAGCAAUACUCCCAAUCCCAGCGGCAAUGAAAGGGGGCCGUUGUAUCCACUCUGUUUCUGCUCUCUGGACUUUGGCACAAAAAUUCCUUCAAUGAACGCCUCAAGACUCCGUUGCACCAUGACUACCAAUCCCCAAGACCUUCCCGACGGGACUUUCUCCUUGUUCCCUCAAUGCCCGAUGCUUCGGAGCUUUGGGGGCCGUUGCGCGAUUGUUGCCAUGAGGUGUAGAUUUGCUUGCACAGAUGUGCCGACAUGGUGUAAGUGGGAGACAUAUUUUGGUUGGUUGGAGGGGUCGCGAUUGGUGGGGUUGAGAGGAGACUUGGAGUCGGCUGAGAGACGCGGCGGAUAGGGGUCGGGGUUGCGAAAGAGUAUUUGUUGAUGUGUUCGUAGAAGAAUAGACAGAUCCGAGAUCACGAGUGUGUUUUGCCUUGAUAGAAGAAGGAUAGGAGAGAGAAAUGGUGUUGCUGGAGUUCGAGGACAAUGGGCAAGCAAAGAGCUGGGCAGGGGAAGGCGGGAAACACAGCAGUUUUAACUCGAGUCGUUGAUCAAUUCCCAACUAAAUUUGUAUGUACGCAAGUACGUACCUACUAAUCAAAGAGAUCAACAAAGAGACGGU